AGAUCUGCGCCGCAUAUCAAACCGCCGCAGGCUCGACCCAAAACCCUAGCUCUCGCCUCCUCCUCGACACCCGCCGCCGCCGCCGUCGACGAGCACCAAGCUCCACCGAGCAGCCAUGGCGAGCCCGGCAGCAGCAGGGGCACCGGCGGCGGGAGUGAGGUCGUUCCUGCAGGCCGUGUCGACCGUCACCGAGGAGGCGCCGUCUCCGCUCCGCGUCGUGCAGAUGGAGGGCCUGGCUGUCCUGAAGAUCAUUAAGCACUGCGAGGAGUUUGCACCCGCUUUGGUUACAGGGCAACUGCUUGGUUUGGAUGUUGGCAGUGUUCUCGAAGUGACAAACUGUUUUCCUUUCCCGAUGAGAGAAGACGAUGAAGAAGCGGAUGCAGAUGGUGCAAAUUAUCAGCUUGAGAUGAUGAGGUGUUUGAGGGAGGUUAACGUUGACAAUAACACUGUUGGAUGGUAUCAAUCUUGCUUGCUUGGGUCUUUUCAAACUGUGGAACUGAUUGAAACAUUCAUGAACUAUCAGGAGAAUAUCAGGAGGUGUGUGUGCAUUGUUUAUGAUCCGUCUAGAUCAAAUCAAGGGGUGUUAGCUCUCAAGGCCUUGAAACUCACAGAUUCAUUCAUGGAUCUUUACCGUAACAAUGGUUUAACUGGAGAGAAGUUAAGAGAGAAGAAAUUGUCAUGGGUUGAUAUCUUUGAGGAGAUACCGAUUAAAGUUUCCAACUCUGCACUUGUCAGUGCCUUCAUGACGGAGCUGGAACCUGAAUCACCUGUUUCACAGUGUGAUUUUGACCGCCUUAAAUUGUCAACGGCUCCCUUUAUGGAAAGGAACUUGGAAUUUCUGAUUGGGUGCAUGGAUGAUCUUUCAUCGGAACAGAACAAGUUCCAAUAUUACUAUCGCAACGUCUCGAGGCAACAGUCACAGCAGCAGGCAUGGCUUCAAAAGAGAAGGCAAGAGAACAUGGCAAGAAAAGCUGCCGGAGAGGAGCCAUUACCAGAAGAGGAUCCAUCUAAUCCCAUUUUCAAGCCAAUCCCUGAGCCCUCACGUUUGGAGGGUUAUCUUGUAACCAACCAGAUCUCCAGCUACUGCAACCAUAUUAAUGGGGUUGCUGGCCAGAACUUCAACAGGCUAUACUUGAUGAAGGCUUUGCAGGAAGAUUAGACGGCUAGGUGUUGAGUGGCAGUUGUGGGAUUUGACUUUAAGCAUUGUAUUAGAUGUCAAUUUUGCGAUGGUCUUUAUGCAAGCAUGCCCAUAGCCUAUUUUGCUAAGAAAGCCAGAUAUUCAGGUUCCGCUAAAAAGACACUAUCAUACUGUACCAAUCUUCUGCAUACGAAGCCUGCAGUGUUACCAAUUGAUUUUACCAUUUCGUUGGUUUGUUGUGAUGUUUAAAUCAUUACCAGUUCACUCAAUUUAAAUGACUGCGAUAUAGUAAUUAAAUGAUUGUGGUUCUGCCAAUGCCAAGUGGCAAGCUUGCUUACUGCUU